AUGUCAACACUCGUUACUGUUCGUCAAACAACUACGACAACAAUGAAGUCGUCCGCAUCGAACAAUCCUUCUGGAAAUGAUAACAAUAGUCCAACACCAGUUCGCUCCUAUGGAAUAACUCCACCAGUAUCAGUGAAAGGUCCUGAUCCAUCGGAUUGUAUAGCAACAGACAGUUUAGAAGAAACAUUACGUUCCUAUAAUUAUUUUGAAUCUGAUGCAGAAUUAUCACAUCGAGUCGAAGUCAUGGCAAAACUAGAUGCGUUAGUACGGAAAUGGAUUCGUAAUGUUUCGAUUGCGAAAAACGUACCAUCAGAAAUUGCCGAUGCAGUCGGAGGAGGUGUACAUACAUUCGGAUCUUAUCGACUUGGUGUUCAUUCGAAAGGUGGUGAUAUCGAUACACUCGUCAUUGCACCACGCCAUAUCGAUCGCACAGAUUUCUUUACUUCAUUCGUCGAAUGUCUUCGUAGUCAACCAGAAGUGCGUGAUCUACAUGCAGUUGAAGGAGCUUUUGUACCAGUGAUUAAAUUAGUAUACGAUGGUAUUGAAUUGGAUAUGCUAUUUGCUCGUUUAGCAUUGCCAAGUAUUCCGAGUACACUUGAUUUAAAGGAUGAUCAACUUUUAUUAAAUCUUGAUCACAGUUGUGUACGAAGCUUAAACGGUUGUCGCGUGGCUGAUGAAAUCCUUGAUUUAGUACCUAAUCGUGAAACAUUCAGAGCAACACUACGUGCUAUCAAGUUAUGGGCAAAGAAAAGUGGUCUGUACAAUAAUGCACUAGGUUUCUUCGGCGGCGUUGCAUGGGCUAUGCUCGUUGCACGCAUCUGUCAAUUGUAUCCGAAUGCGAUUGCGGCAACGUUAGUUCAUAAAUUCUUUUAUGUCUAUAACAAAUGGAAUUGGCCAACACCUGUUUUACUCAAAGAAAUUAAUGAUCCUCAACAUGGAUUUACUGUUUGGGAUUCCAGAUUGAAUUCGUUCGAUCGUCGUCACUUAAUGCCCAUCAUCACACCAGCUUAUCCACAACAAAAUUCUACACACAAUGUCUCACGAUCGACACAGAGGAUCAUUAUCGAAGAAUUCCAGCGUGGUUUGGAUACGGUGAAUCGAAUUAUGUCAGGCAAAUCCGAAUGGAAAGAGCUAUUUACUGGCCGGCCGUUUAUUGAUCGAUAUAAACAUUUCAUUAUCUUGUUAUUAUCCGCGCCAGACCAAGAUCGAUACGUUGAAUGGAGUGGCUUGGUUGAGUCAAAGAUACGUUUACUCAUCGUCAACUUAGAACGAAAUCCGUACAUUGACUUAGCACAUGUGAAUUCAGAAAAGUACACGCCCGAUGAAGUUGUUUUCAAGCGGCUACAACAACCAGCCGAAACUAAUGGAAAUCAAAGCCCAGAAUCGUCAUCUACGAACAAUAGCAAACCAUCGAAUGAUUCUUCUUCAAACUCGAACAAUACUUCUAAUGCAGUUCGUAGCAUGUGGAUUGUUGGAUUACAGUUUCGCAAUGCGAAUAAUGUUCAUCUAAAUUUAACUGACGAGAUCCGUGCGUUUGUCGAUGUUGUCGAUCAAGCUGCAGCAAAUAGUAAUAAAAGCCGUGAUAGCAUUAAUCUCGACGCUCGUUAUAUUCGUCGACGAGAAUUGAGCAAUAUUCUACCAAAGGGUUCACAAUCCACUCAAAGUCCUCGGCCCGAGAAAACGAAAUUAACGGAUGAGAAGUGUGAAAAUCUCAAACGAGCAAAACUAGACUCGACAUCAUCGGAACCGGAUAGUACUCUCGAAUCGGAUAUCAAUUCUCCGUCAAAGCGUCCAAAACUAGACACGAUCGACGAAUCGAACAAUGAUGCGAAAUGA